GCACACUUUUCGUCGGGGCUGAACGCUGCCCAGUUUAGCGAGUGAGGCUCGCAGUUCCUUGGACACCCGAAUCUUUACGUAACCUGCCUCACACUACUGCUAUGGCUGCAGCGGCGUGGACUGACCGAGGACGGAGGGCUGUGACUGUAAUGGGGACAGUGAUUAGAUCCAGAUCCAGUCACGCCACUUUGAAAUCCCAGUAUGACGCGCUGGUCAUUGGAGGAGGACACAAUGGAUUGGUGGCAGCUGCCUAUCUUCAGAAGGGAGGACUGAAGACAGCAGUGCUAGAGCGCAGACAUCUGCUGGGAGGAGCAGCUAUUUCAGAGGAAAUCUUCCCUGGUUUUCGCUUCUCCAGGUGUUCCUAUUUGCUCAGUUUAUUAAGACCCCACAUAUAUGCAGACUUGGAGCUCAAGAAACAUGGGCUGAAGGUCUAUAUGAGGGACCCCCAUGCUUUCACUCCCAUGUUGGAGGAGGGGGUGAGAGGUGCCCCUCCAAGGUCUCUCACCCUGGGCUCAGAUAUGGCCAUGAACCAGAUAGAGAUCAGCAAGUUCUCAAAGAAGGAUGCUAAGGCUUUUCCAGAUUACGUUGCAUACCUUGAUAAGCUAGCAGGAGCUAUCCAUCCUCUUCUAGAUGCUCCUCCUGUAGACAUUCCUGGUGUUACCACUGGAUCACUGAGGAAGAGGCUGACUGCAGCUAAAACCCUGAUGCCUAUUGUCAAAUGUGGUCUGAAACUGGGCACAAACAUUCCAGACUUUUAUGAGAUUAUAACUGCACCAAUAAUGAAGAUCCUCAAUUGCUGGUUUGAGUCGGAGCCACUGAGAGCAACGCUGGCUACUGAUGCUGUGAUAGGAGCCAUGACCAGUCCAAGUAAUCCUGGUAGUGGGUAUGUGCUCUUGCACCAUGUGAUGGGAGAGCUGGAGAAGGAGAAGGGAGCAUGGGGUUAUGUGGAGGGAGGCAUGGGAGGUGUGUCUCAGGCUAUUGCUAGCUCUGCUCGAUCCUAUGGCGUAGAAAUUUUCACUGAGAAGGAUGUAGGACAAGUCGUGGUUGGUUCAGAUGGUGCUGCCAAGGGAGUAGUGCUAAAGGAUGGCACAGAGAUCCACAGUAAAGUUGUUUUAUCAAAUGCAACCCCAUAUGUUACUUUCAAGAACCUCACGCCACAGGCUGCACUUCCUCCAGAGUUCAUCAAAGCUGUAGAUCAGAUAGACUACACCUCACCAGUUACCAAGAUCAACGUGGCAGUGGACAAGCUACCAAACUUCCCAGCAUCUCCCACACCAGAUGAUAGACCUGGACCACACCAUCAGUGCUCCAUUCACCUCAACUGUGAAAGUGUGGACGUACUGGAGAGUGCAUAUAAAGAGGCCAUGAAUGGACGUCCCUCAUCAAGACCCAUGCUAGAGAUGACCAUCCCCUCUGUGUUGGAUCCUACUCUGGCUCCAUCUGGCUGCCACGUGGUGUCACUGUUCACCCAAUACACGCCCUACCACAUAAACAGCAGGGAGUGGACAAACCAGGACAGAGAGGCUUUCGCAGACACUGCAUUUGACUGGGUGGAACAAUACGCCCCUGGAUUCAAAAAGUCUGUGGUUGGCAGAGACAUCCUGGCUCCGCCUGACCUGGAGAGAAUCUUUGGGCUGACUGGAGGGAAUAUCUUCCAUGGAUCAAUGUCACUGGACCAGCUCUACCUAGCACGACCUUUGCCCUCUCUCUCAGACUAUCGUUCACCAAUUAAAGGGCUGUAUAUGUGUGGCAGCGGCUGUCAUCCAGGUGGUGGUGUGAUGGGUUCUCCCGGCUGGAAUGCAGCACUCACUGUCAUGGCUGACCUGAAACGUCAAUGAAACAUGACUCAAUACACAAGGCUUUUCAGGCUCAUUGUGAAAACACUUACGCAAUGCUGCCACACCAGCUGUGCCAAUAUCCAGCUGUGACAGCACUUCUGAAGUCAUUGAAAAUCACUGAUACCAACAAAACAAAGUUGAAGACAACAAAUACAUUUUUAGAAUAACUCAUACUUGUCUUAAUGAAAUGAACUAAAACUGUUAGUGUAAUGAUGGAAAUGUUUUUGCUAUGCUUUUUACUACCUUGUAUGAAGGGAUUCAAAUGAAUUCAAGCAAAUGUGUUUCAUUUUUUCAAACUAUGCAUAAUGACUAUUGGCGUGUUUCAUAUUGUGAGGGAUUGAUGUGACAUUUUAGGAUAUCAGGAUAGAAAUCUAAAAAAUCAUUUUCACAGCAGGCAUUUUGACUAGUUGUGGUGGGAAAACACAGCUGAUACUAAUAACAUUAACAUGGGCCCUGUUCUGUUUAAGUAUCCCGGUAAGUAUCAGGACCCUGAAACUGAAGCAGCUAAAUGGAAUCCAACCAUCGCUGAUUUUCUUACCGACACCUUUGCUUUUUUUUGUCAUGUCAAAAUGUCCUUAUGUGAAAGGGACAUCUUUAUCUACAGGACACUGUUCAGUCUUUUAGUAUAAAUGUGAAACAACAAUUAAAGUAAUGUUAGAAUUAAGUUAAUGUUUGAUGAUGAAAGUGGUAUAAUGGGUUUUCUGUGUGCUCAGUGUUUCAGAAAACCAAUUUCAAUUCAAUUUCAAUUGUCAUAAAACCAUUACUUUAAUAUUUCUUUAACUGAUGGGGUAAGUUGAAAGACCAUUAUAAUUGUGCAUGGGCGACCAAACUGGUUUCCCCCAUGUGGAAUAAUAAUGUGUCUAUUUAGUAUGGCAAUAAAGACCGUUCAAACCACA